AAACAAUGGGGCCGUUUCUGGCCUGUAGUCCACCCGCGUGAGCGCGUUUAUGGGCAGGGCUUUUUGAAUGAAGCAAUGCUUUUUAAACUACUCGCUUGAUUCAGGCAGAGCAGAGCAGGGGAGGUUCAUUUCUGGGUGAGCGAGUUGAGGAAGGUUUGUUCAUCGAGCUACAGACAGUAAAGCGAUAAAAUGAUCAUCAUCGAAGAUCAGGAUGGCUUUGACAAGGUUCUCGCUGAGGCAGGUGACAAGCUUGUAGUGGUUGAUUUUACAGCCACGUGGUGUGGGCCUUGUCAGAGCAUCGCACCUUUUUACAAGGGCCUGUCUGAAAAUCCUGCCUAUGCUGAUGUGGUCUUCCUCAAAGUGGACGUAGAUGAUGCACAGGAUGUAGCCCAGUCUUGUGAGAUUAAAUGUAUGCCAACAUUCCACUUUUACAAGAACGGGAAGAAGCUGGACGAUUUCUCUGGGUCCAACCAGACUAAACUGGAAGAGAUGGUGAAGCAACACAAAGGCCAAGCCUGAUAUGAUCCUCUCAUAAAUGUUUCCUGUGCAGCCUAAGCUCCAAUUUUACAAUUAAGUCUCCACUUGUUUUGUUAUUCAUGAAGACAUUUCAUUUUCUAAUCAUUUUACGGUGAUUUUAGCAGGUUAAAAUCUGCCUUACAAAAUUGUUCAUUAAUUUCCAUAAUGAUUACCUCUGUAUGUUUCUGUGCAUUCAACAGUAUAUUAGGUGUGUUUUUUCAAUAAUAAACACAAUUAUAAAAAAUAA